CUCCGACCUUCUGUGACGCGGCGGCGGCGUGGGCCGAGCCCGCGGGACUCCGCCCUGAUGGAGGCGGUGAGGCCGGGGGCGUGUCCUGGGCGGGACCUUCCUCGCCCCGCCGGGUCCUUGAGAGGCGUCAGCGCUGGGAGGGCCCUGCUGCGGGAUGCCGCACACAACCCAGCUGUACCAGCACGUGCCAGAGACCCGGUGGCCCAUCGUGUACUCACCGCGCUACAAUAUAACCUUUAUGGGCCUGGAGAAGCUGCAUCCUUUUGACGCCGGAAAAUGGGGCAAGGUGAUCAGCUUCCUAAAAGAAGAGAAGCUUCUGUCUGACGGCAUGCUGGUAGAGGCACAGGAAGCCUCAGAGGAGGACCUGCUGGUGGUGCACACGAGACGUUAUCUCAACGAGCUGAAGUGGUCCUUUGCUGUCGCCACCAUCACAGAAAUCCCCCCUGUCAUCUUUCUCCCCAACUUCCUUGUGCAGAGGAAGGUGCUGAAGCCCCUUCGGAUCCAGACAGGAGGAACCAUAAUGGCGGGCAAGCUGGCAGUGGAGCGAGGCUGGGCCAUCAAUGUGGGUGGUGGCUUCCAUCACUGCUCCAGCGACCGGGGAGGGGGCUUCUGUGCCUACGCGGACAUCACACUUGCCAUCAAGUUUCUGUUUGAGCGAGUGGAGGGCAUCUCCAGGGCCACCAUUGUUGAUCUUGAUGCCCAUCAGGGCAAUGGGCAUGAACGGGACUUCAUGGGUGACCAGCGUGUGUACAUCAUGGAUGUCUACAAUCGCCACAUCUACCCUGGAGACCGCUUUGCCAAGCAGGCCAUCAGGCGGAAGGUAGAGCUGGAGUGGGGCACUGAGGAUGACGAAUACCUGAAUAAAGUGGAGAGGAACCUCAAGAGAGCCCUUCAGGAGCAUCCUUCUGACGUCAUGGUGUACAAUGCAGGCACCGACAUCCUCGAGGGUGACCGCCUUGGGGGACUGUCCAUUAGCCCACAGGGCAUUGUGAAGCGGGAUGAGCUGGUGUUCCGGGUGGCCCGUGGCUGUCAAGUGCCCAUCCUCAUGGUGACCUCCGGCGGGUACCAGAAGCGCACAGCCCGCAUCAUUGCUGACUCCAUCCUUAAUUUGUAUGACCUGGGGCUCAUUGGUCCUGAGUCAGCCAGCGUCUCAGCACAGAACUCAGACACGCCUCUGCUACUCUAGGAGUUACCCUGACUGCACUGCCCUUCGAAGUGGUUCUCUGCCUGCCUCCCACCCUGCCCACCCCUCAGUGCUUCUCCUUUUCUAACCACAUGGAUGGCAGAGCAGCUGCCACAGGCCCUGAAGGGCCUGGACCUUGUCCUUGCCCAGGCCUGCUUUCGGGGCCUGGUAGGCAGCUCCUCCACUCUCUCGACUGGAUGUUGGAGGGUCUCCAGGCCCCUCUCUGGGUGGGGGCAGAGGCAUUCCCAGGAAGACAGCACACAGGUUUGACCAGGCCCUGUGGAAGUAGGCAGCUCACCCAAGGAGAGAGGAAGGCAGGUGAGGCUCUGGGGGCUACCGGGAGGACCUCCAGGGGUCAGGAUGCUCCCAUUUUAAAAUAUGUCGGACCCAUGUCAGACCAAGGAAGCUUUCAUCUCUGCAAUGGCUGGGCCUCUCCCUCUUCUUAAAUCACAAGAUUUGCUUCCUUUUUGUCUCAAGCAAGGCCUGAGGAUCUGGGGCCAGCCAUGUGGGUGGGACUGAAAACUGGCUCCUGGAGCCAGGCCUGGUGGGGGGACUGCAUUCCUGGCCUGCAGGCUGGAACCUGGUCCUACAUGUGAGCAGUGGCAGGGAAAGGGGAGGUUUCCCUCUGGCAUUCUUUUAGUAAUGCAAGGGCUAGACCUAUUCUCAGAGCCCCUUGGCUGACUGACUCAUGGAUGGGAGGCCUGAGGAGUCCCAUCCCUGCUUCCAUAGCAGGCUCACCUAUUCAGGGCGGAGCAGUUUGGGGAAGAGCACUUGGCUCAGGACCUUGGCGCAAGAAGCAUAACAGGGCUGCUGACCCCAUUGGGAAGGCAGAGGAAGAUGAGAACUGGACGGGGAUUUCUCGUUUGGUGCAGGUGGCCAAGCCAGGUCCUGCAGGAACCAAGGCCCAGGUAGGGACUAAGGCAUGAGGAGGCUUGGGUUUCUGGAGGGAGAGCAGAGGGUCUCCAUCUGGGCCUAUGGGUUGUUAGGGAAGGAGGCUGGGGCAGGGCCCUGGGUGGGGCUACAGACUCCACUGGCCUCACUCAAAUUUCUGGGCACCUGAUCAUACUGUCCAGGAUUCCGAGUGGGCCCUAACCUUGUCCUCAGCUCUACUCUGAAGGGGACUCUUGGAUCCCUGAGGAAACUGGCCUAGGGGGAGUGCCCACUCCAUUGCCUGGGUGUGUUCUUACAGGACAAAGGUGGGGCUAAAGAUGUAUCUGGGUCCCAAGUAAACUCCAUCUAUGGGUCUUGUGUCCAUUAUCUUCUGGGGCUGCUUCUGCUAUCUUCUCCCUCACACUUCCUCUGCUGCAGCGUGGGUAGGAGUAGGGUUCCAAGAUCACAAACUGUCAAAAAUGCUGACCUUCUGGGCAAGACCUAUGGCAUUAACCAUCAUUUGGACCACAUCGCACUCCACCCUCCCACCCCUUGCCUUUGUCCUUGUUAUCUCUGUAUCUCAUCCCUUGCCUCCAGGUCAGGCCUGUGACAUCUGGGGAAAGGCUGUGUGUGAUGCAGCACAUCUCUGUGAGCUUCUGUCUGUACAGAACUAUAAAGGCUUUUCUUGACUGGCCUAGUCACUCUGUGCUCUUGAGAUGAAGAAUCCCUCCCUACUACGAAUUAAAAGAAAUAAACACUUAAAAUGCA